GGGCCGUUGUGGCUGGAUCAUGUUCCACCAUGGCUCACUGAUACAGCGGUACCUUCUGCAAAGUCCAGGCACAGACGAUGCAGACGAUGCAGAAGUAGAAAGCCAAGAGGAAAGGAGUCGCUCCCCACGAGCUGUCAUGAGCGACAGCCCAGUGAAAAUCAGACAAGUGCAAGCAAGCUCAAACUUGACCGGUGACUUUUGGUUGUCUCCAAAGGACUUGCAGGGGUGGCAAGAUGAGGCGACCAAAGAAUCUGUGAAGUUCCAGGCGCGGUUAGUGCUGCCCACUGGGCAGCGUCCACGUGAUGGCCCCAUGGCCAUCGCGUUUUUCUUCUCGGGUUUGGGUCACGAGGCACAAGACAUCCUUGAUAUGGACUGGUCUUCUGUCGCCUCCUUCCCCUUUAUCCUUGUAGUUCCAAAUCGACCAGCCGGCAGGUGGUGGUUCAUUGAUGAUGAUACCCAUUGGGGAUGGUUGCAGGGCAAAUUCAACUCCGAGGCUGUGGCGACAUUUGCAUCCUGGAUGAAUCACAUGAUCAGUCAUGAACGUGUGGAUCGACAGAGAGUUGGCCUGUUUGGCUUCUCUGCCGGAGCGUACGCGGCUGUGGAGAUCUUUGCAAGUGGCCUUGUGCCGGUUACUGGCUUUGCCUUGGGUGGCGUCCACGGUCAUGGGCAGCCGAAUUUGAAGCACGUGCCAGUUGCGAGGACGCGAGGCGUUGUCAAGAAAUUCGAAGCCUUUCUUGAACGCGUAGCAGAGCAUCCCGGCGCCCACCAUGUGGAGGUGAUCCACGGGAGAACCGACUUGCAGAGUCCCUGGCAGGAUGCCAAGGAGAUCCUGGAGACUCUGAGUCGGCGGCAGCAACAGCUGCAGCUCCCGAAGGUGGUCCUCCGCCUCCUCAGGGCGCACGAACAGGAUGCCGAGCCGUCCUCGCACCAGAACAAGACGCACCAUGAUUACCUCAAGGCAGCGUUCAUGCGACGGGAGUUUUUUGAGGCCAUGCUGGCGGACAAAGCGAAGCCAAAACAGGCUGCCAAGAUGGCUGCCAAAGGACGCAGGAGCAGCGCGCCGUGGGGGCCAAUGUCAUCGAGCCUCCAGGUGGCUAUGUUCAGCGUGUCAAGCAGCGCUCAUGGUUGGGAGACGCACGUGGCGCAACGAUGGCGCGCUCCGCAACGCUCGCGCUGGUUGGAAAUGCUCCACGACCCCGAGGAUGCGGCCUUCAAAAUCUUCAGACACAGCGGCUUCGUUAUCAUAGAGGAUGUCCUCAAUCUCGCCCAGUGCCAUACAUUGUGGACGACGUGCGAGUCUCUGGCCAAGGAGAUUGUCGGCCCAACGCAGGCCGGAAACCGAGGGCCAGGGCGAUACUCCUUCGGGGUGGCCUCCAGCACCGGCUCGAUCCUGCAUGUCCCAGCUAUUGCCGAGAAUUUGCUGGAUGCCUCAACGCGGAAGCUACGGGCUCUGCUGGAUUACAUUUUUAGGUCGGGUUUUCUGGUCUAUAGCGGCGGAGGAGACUUUGUCCUUCCUCACGUGGAUGAGGCGCAGAAACUGCAUUCCGACAUGCAGGUGGCUCGCAGGUUGGACGUGGACAUGCCACCGCCCUUGGUCAGUGUGAAUUUCUGUAUUCAGGAGCUGACAAGUUUGAAUGGCCCCAUGAGGAUCGUUCCAGGUAAGCGGGACAGGGACUGGAACGGCAAAAGAGAGCCUGCAAAGUGGCAGAACUCCCGGUUGUGCCCCGUUCCAGCUGGGGCUGCGCUGGUGCGAGACGUGCGCGUGCUUCACGGGGGCACGGCAAAUGCUACCGACCGAACCAGGUACUUGCCCAGCGUUGAGUUCGUAUCAGGUCCCUUUCGGGCAACGAAUCGUGCGGACCUGUUUCCUCCGCAAAGAUGCUUGCCACCCGACAUCUUUGAAAGGCUGCAUCCGGAGGUCAAAGAACUCUGUGAAGAGCUGGUGGCAGAGAUAGGAGAUGGGACAGAGGGCAACCCAGCUUGGGACAGCCCGUUCUGGCAUGGGGUGACGUUCACGCAGAAAUAAGCCAAUGAUCGAC